GAGUGGCCUCCAUUAAAAUGAAUGUUUUACCUAGACUACUCUUCCUAUUUCAAAUGAUUCCAAUUUCACUAUCCCCAAGUUUUUUUCAGCAACUUAAUAAGACCAUCUCGACAUUUAUUUGGCAAAAUAAAAAGCCAAGAAUUAGGCUUAAAAUCUUACAAGAUAGCAAGUCGAGAGGCGGCUUAGCCCUACCGGACUGGCGAUUGUAUUACCGAGCUUGUUGCUUAGUAUGGGCUAAGGAAUGGUACCUGCUAGAGAACAAAAGACUUUUAUUGUUGGAGGGCGAUGGCCUAACCCGAGGAUGGCACUCAUAUUUGUGGUACCAGGCCCCCACGGGAAAUAAUAUAUUUCUAAGGCACGUAAUAAGGAAGCCUAUCUUUAAAGUGUGGAGUGAAGUCAAAAAAACAUACUAUACACGUGUACCUUAUUGGGUAUCCCCAACCGAAGCCUCCGUACAUCCUAAUGUAUACAACUGGGAUCUUAACUAUAAUUAUGGAGCAUUAUUAGAUAACACUUACAAACUUAAAUUAGAGGAUGAGGAUUUUAAACUAGACUGGUGGACCAAAAUGCAAAUUAAUUCUAAAUUUCAGGCUGAUAAAUUGGUGGGGUUUUAUAACAAACCCAAUGAAUUAGAUGCGAUCUUACAAGAUGACGGGAAACUCAUUUCUAAGGUCUAUAACUGGCUUCUGCAGCAAAAAAUGCAGGACGAAGUGGUUAAAGAGUGUUGGAUUAAUUGGCUUAAAGAUUUCGGUUUUAAUAUUGAAUUGAAAGAAUGGGAGGAAAUUUGGCGGCAAAAUGUCCAAUUGACUAGAUCAGCGACCUUUAAAGAGAAUCUUUAUAAGAUGGCUUACCGUUGGUACUUGACUCCAGCUAGACUGGCAAAAAUCUAUACCAACUAUUCUAACAAGUGCUGGAAAUGUUGCAGAAUAAAGGGUACUCUCUUUCACAUUUGGUGGCAAUGUAAAUAUGCGAAAAAAUUUUGGGCUCAAAUCCAUGACUGGUGUCAGAAAAUUCUUAAAUUAAGAUUCGUUCACACCCCUGAGCUCUACCUGUUGAGUAUUGUGAAAGAGAAAAUAUCGAAACCAUCCAAAAAAUUGCUGCUACAUGCUGUAACGGCGGCCAGGAUGUUAUACGCCAAGUAUUGGAAAUCCCCCAAAAUACCUGACAAGAAUGAAUUUAUAUUUAAGCUUUUAGAAACUGCCGAAUUGGAUGUGUUAACAAGAUUAAGAGAGGGAGAUUUACAGAUUUGUAAAAAAACAUGGGACCCAUUAUACUCAUGGUUAAAUAGAAUGGGAUUGGAUAUGAGGAAUAUGAAGUGGAGCAAUGAAUAGGCCCCUCCAGCUCAGGGUGGUGGGUGAUUGGGUUUAUUGUUUUUCAUGUAUAUAUGUAUUUAUUUCGACUUUUUGACUAUAUGACGUUUGUUUAUUGUAUGUUUGUUAUGUUUGUUUAAUAAACCGAUUUGUUUAAAAAAAAAAAAGUUUUGGAGUGGAUUGCCAUCAGUAUGCAAUUGACAUGCCGCUCUAUUUCUCCUGGCAGAUGAGGCUGGGGAUGUGCUAAACCAGUGUCAUGCUAUGAUAAUGGACUGGAUGAGGGCUUAACAAACUGAAGCUCAAUUCAGACGAGACUGAAAUGUUGUUGAUAAAUUAUUCCUCUAUGACUGAACUUGGGGGGGGGGGUGUUCAACCUGUUCUGGAUGGGUCAGCACUCCGCCGAAGGAGCAGGUUCAUAACUUGGGGAUGCUCCUUGAUCUGUCUUUGUCACUUGAGGCUCAGGUAGCUUUGGUGGUUCAGAGUGCUUUCUAGUAGCUUCAGCUGGUGGUUCAGUUGCUCCUAUCCUAUCUGGACAGGAAUAGUCUGGUUUCAGUAAUCUAUGGUCUGGUAAUCUCCAGAUUGGAUUACUAGAAUGCACUCUACAUGGGGCUGCCCUUGAAGAUGGUUUGAAAGCUGCACCUGAUGCAGAAUGCUCCAGCCAGAUUAAUAACUUGAACCAGGAGGUCUGAACGCAUGAGACCAGUUAUGGCCUGUCUGCAUUAGCUGCCCGUAUGUUUCCUGUCCCAAUUCAAGGUGCUGGUUUUAUUGGGACAAUACCUGUUGGGUGCCUCCCCCAGCCUCAAACUACGCAGCCGCUGUGCUCAGCCUCCAGAGCUUUCCUCUGGGUGUCAACUCCUUGAGAGUGUCAAGUUGAGGGACAGGUUUUUGGGUGGUGGCCCCACAUCUUUGGAACAAUCUCCCUGCUGUGGCCUGCCUGGUGCCUAAUCUACCAUCUUUUCGGCACCAGGUUAGGACAGCCCUGUUCAAAGAGGUUUUAAAUAUCUCCUUGGUCAUUCAGGGGCCUGUUAUGAUUAGCUUGGUGCCUCUGUCAACUGUUUUCUACUGUUUCUAAAUGUUCUUAUAUUUUUCAUAUUUACUGUAUUUUACUGUUUUAUACUUGUAAACCACUCAGAGAGCUUCGGCUAUGGUCAGUAUAGAAACAAAAUAAUUAUUUUUAUCUUGUCCAUUCCUCAGAGCAGCAGAUGUGAGUUUUCUUGCUCCAUUUUGUCCUAAUGCCCUUGUCAGAUCGGGUUAAGCAAUUCCAGAGUGAGUAGCAAGCUUGUAUUUACCCGCUGAUAUGUUACUGUUAUAGCUUGCUGUCUUCUUUGAUUGCACCCAGAACAUCACAGUACAGUGGCUUAACAGAGGGAAAUGGUCAGAACACUUGUCUUUUUUCUUCUCCCCCAGAGAUCUUUCCUGUACUGUGAUCAACUGCAAGUCACAGGAUGCUACUGUGUGGAAAUGCCCAGUGUUUGAGAAAUAAGUACCAAAAGGUAGCUCUGGGGUAUAUCUAAUACAAACCGCUGUGUGCUUUUAUGCUUUACUCUCCUUCCUCAAAGGGUCAUGGGAAUGGUAGUUUAGAAUGGUGCUGAUAAUUUUGUACAUACUACCACAGCAUCCCCCUUUAAAUCUUUAGCUAUCUGAGAUAAGUGGAGUCAUCGCCACGCCUUCCUCUUCCCUGAUUCAUUUUUCAGUAGCAGCUUCACUGAAUCGGAGGCGUUCUACUAAAACUGGGUAUUUUUAAAAGGUGGCAGCAGAGGGUUUAAUGGCAUUUGCCAGCGGCUUUCCUUAUUCUUGCUUUACUGUUCUGGCCAAAUAGCUUCCUUGAGGUAGUCCUUCACCUUGUCACUCAGUGACUCAGGUUACCCAUUACGUCAGGGCUCUGCUUGACAGAUCGAGAGGGUGCCUCACAGCCCUUGCAGCUUCUAAGCACAAUCCAGUUGGAGCGCAGGAGAGGGACGCUUUAGCCACAGCACAUCAUCCUCCCCGCCCAACCCCAACUUCUUUUCUCCUGCUUCUGGAGUGGGGGGACAAAUGGAUGUUUUUCUUCAGAAAGGUGCUUGAAAAUUCUCUCUACCCCCAAGAAGAACAUUUUCUCACAAUGGAAGCUGGCUCCGGCAUCCACGUCUACUGCUGCCUCUACUUGGUUGUCUCGGCAUGGCUGAUUUGUGGUGCUGAUGCAGCACAUGGGAAAUACGCUCAAAUGCUCUUUAAUGAACUUUUUGAAGACUACUCAAAUGCUCUUAGACCUGUGGAAGAUACAGACACAGUAUUGAAUGUCACCCUUCAGAUCACACUUUCCCAAAUUAAAGAUAUGGAUGAAAGAAACCAAAUUUUAACAGCCUACUUAUGGAUUCGACAGACUUGGUAUGAUGCCUACCUGAAGUGGGACAAGGAUAAAUACGAUGGGCUAGAUUCUAUCCGAAUUCCCAGCAACCUUGUAUGGAGGCCAGACAUUGUCCUAUACAACAAGGCCGAUGAUGAUUUUUCUGAGCCCGUGAACACCAACAUUGUGUUGAGGUAUGAUGGAAAAAUUACUUGGGAUUCACCAGCUAUAACAAAGAGCUCCUGUGUUGUAGAUGUCUCUUACUUCCCCUUCGACAGCCAGGAGUGCAAUCUUACCUUCGGUUCCUGGACCUAUAAUGGUAACCAAGUGGAUAUAUUCAACAUCUUAGAUAGCGGGGACCUCUCGGACUUCAUCGAAGAUGUGGAGUGGGAGAUUCACGGCAUGCCGGCCGUUAGGAACGUGAUCACAUACGGCUGUUGCUCAGAGCCUUACCCAGAUGUGACGUUCACCCUGAUUUUGAAAAGGAAAUCAUCUUUCUACAUAUUUAAUCUCCUCCUUCCUUGCCUUUUGAUCUCCUUUCUGGCUCCACUGGGCUUCUACCUGCCAGCAGACUCUGGAGAAAAGGUUUCGCUUGGCGUUACUGUUCUGCUGGCUCUAACUGUGUUCCAGCUGAUGGUUGCAGAGAGCAUGCCUCCUUCUGAAAACGUGCCCUUGAUUGGUAAAUAUUACAUUGCUACUAUGACAAUGAUCACAGCAUCCACAGCGCUGACCAUCAUCAUAAUGAAUAUUCACUACUGUGGAUCAGGGGCCAAACCUGUCCCCCAAUGGGCAAGGGUGGUUAUUUUGGACUACAUGUCAAAGAUCUUCUUUGUUUAUGAUGUGGGCGAAAACUGCACAAGUUUGCAACGAGCGGAAGGCCACGACUCAAAGCUGAAAAAAAUCAAUACGUGUCCAAGAGAGGAAGAAAUAUAUGAAGGGGGAAAGAGUUCCCUUGCAAAGACCAAAAGCAACAGUGGUGACCUCAGAAAGAAACUGCCCGGGGAUGUGAACGAUGGAUACAGAGUCCCAUGUGAAAAUGCAAGGGAUAUUGUUAGCUGCUGCUCAUGUUACAAAGUACUGAUUAAGAACAUUGAAUACAUUGCAAAUUGUGUAAGGCGCCACAAAGCCAACCAUGCAAAAGGAGUGGAGUGGAAAAAAGUGGCAAAAGUGAUGGACAGGUUCUUCAUGUGGAUUUUUUUCAUUAUGGUCUUUUUCAUGAGCGUUCUGAUUAUUGGCAAAGCACUUUAAACUAAGCAGGGCUGCUGCUGGAGUACCUGU